AUGCGUUCUCGAGCUCCUGAAGUCAAUGAAGCUGACUCCAACAUCCAUGAGCCAAAGUCCGGUGAUCUGGUUUCAAAGUCCAGCCAGAUUUCGAACUCCAUAUUAAAUUCUCCAUCGAAAUCACAAAUAUCUCACAUACCGACACAGCCCGAGCUGGAGUCCAUCAUGGAUCAACCUACGUCCAAGAAAGAGUACAGAAAAAUGUUAAUGUUCGAUGAUAGCAAUAGCAAAAACAGCGAAAAUAGCAAUAAAAAUGUUGCACAGAAUCCAAGAUCAAAUUUCAACUCCAACUCUUCGACAAGUACUAAACCUGAACCUCCCCUGUCUACGCCUAGUAUUGGCCCGUCUCAUAUGUUUUCUCGUUUCCGAAUGAAGACACCGGCGAAACAUAACCCUCCUCCUAAAAUUUUUCCAUCCUCGUCAACAUUCAAAGUGGAAAAAGUCACUAGUUGCAUUCGUUGUAGGAGAUUGAAGAAGAAAUGUGAUAAAAAAUUACCCGAAUGUAUCAAUUGUGAGAAAGUGGGUGAACCCUGUAAAUAUGUACCGAGGAAGCUGAGAAAGAGAGACUAUGAUGAAGUUGAAGUAAAGUCACCUAUUUCAUCUGACAACGAUAACUUAUCUAUGACUGAAAAACCACAAAAGUCUCGAAAAUUAUCUUCUAGUUCUAGAAGCCCUAUAAGUAGUCCAAUAGUCAUUCCAUCCAUUCCAUCCAUUAUCCCAAAACAGACUAUUUCUAAUUCUAAGUCCUGGAUGGCAGUGGUAGCCCCUCCUAUGCCUAUCAAUCUCUUCGAUUCUAAGCAACCACUGUAUGAGCUAAAUGUAUCUAAUUCUUUACCAAAGGAUAUCUCUCUACCAUCCAACCUUCAACCGAAUUUUCUAUCCAAUUGCGUUACGAAAUAUUUCUCAAUGUACCACAGCAUGUAUCCGUUGAUAUCGAAAUCAUUGUUUCUAAGCAAAAGUAAAUCUGUUCUCACCGAAAAAGGUAUCGAGUCCGAUAUACUCAGUCCAGAAGACCAAUUUGACCUUUACAUGAUAUUGGGCAUUGGUUGCAAAACAAUUGAAAUUUCUUCCAAUAUUCCAUCUGAUAAUCAAAUCUCAGGCAUUUUGGUUUCUCGUGCUUUGAAGCUGGCCCCAUCCAAUUUCGCCAGCAAUGAUCUAAACACGAUUCGCAGUUUAUUGUUGGCAGGCCUUUAUUCGUUAUUGGAAAAUUCCGUAUGGCCCUCUUGGGAGAUAACUGGCCGGUUGAUACGUCUUGCUUUUUAUCUAGGUCUCCAUACCAAAAGAUUUCGAAAACUGACAAUGGAGCAGCGAGAAACGAGAAAUCGCUUAUUCUGGAGUAUCUACAAUUUGGACCGAACGGUAUCGGUCUCACUUGGGAAACCUUUAGGAAUUAAUGAUGAUGAUAUAUUGGUUCCGUUUCCAUCUGAAUUAAAUUCAGAACCAGAAGAUAUCGCUUGCACAAACUUGGCCAUUCGUAUGAGAAAACUCGAAGGCAUAAUCUACAGCAAGAUUCAAUCGAAAUCAGUUGAACACAGAUAUAAACUGGAUGAAAAGGAAAAAAUUCUACAGUCACUUGUUGAUGAUCUAACUGGAUGGCAUCAACUUGCAUCUGCAAUUGGAAAGCACCCAACAGCCUCUGGUUAUCAUUGGCACGAUGCUAUGUAUCAUAUCUACUUGACGAUAAUAUUCCAACCUUCUUACCUAAAUCCUUAUCCUACCAACGAGAACUGGAAAACGGUUACAGAAUCUUGUUUGCAUGCCAUAAAGGGCAUGUAUGCUCUUGCACGCAGCGAAAUGCUCCAAUUGAUUUGGACCACAUUAUAUCGAUUUUUGAACGUCUGCUAUACGACUCUAUAUUGCUUACAGAAGUUGAGACUCAAGCUCUCCGAUAUCCAAGUGGAAAUUGGCUACUGUAUCGAGAUCUUGCGAUUGUUUGCAUCCAAUUGGGAGGUUUCCCGAAAAUGUGCAGAUAUCUUUAUUCAAUUGCAAGACACUGUGACGACACCAGACGAUACCGGUGGACCCAUUCGAGACCAAAUGAUCAAAACGUUUGCUGAGCUCAACAAAAAGUUUCAGAAUGCGGUGCUGGACAUCGGUUUAGACUAUCCCAUUUACAAUGAGUUCUACUUGUAG